AUGAACACCAGAAAUCUGCAUGCCCAGGUGGCCAUCAAGCGAGUGUCCCAGGAGUGCAUCUCGCAGUGGACGCAGCUGAGCGCCCUUGUGCCCCUGGAGCUGGCGUUGCUGUGGAAGGUGUCGCGGUCUGGCUUCCGCGGUGUCGUGCAGCUCCUGGACUGGUUUGAGGUGCCCGAGGGCUUUGCGCUGCUCAUGGAGGGUCCGCAGCUCUGUCAGGACCUCUGGUACUUCCUGCACGAGUGGCGGUUCCUGAUGGAGCCCGUGGUGGGGGGGCUGUUCUGCCAGGUGCUGGAGGCCGUGUGGCGCUGCAGCAGCCGUGGUGUCCCGCACCACCACAUCAAGGCUGAGAACAUCCUUGUCCACCUGGCCACGGGCAAGGCAAAGAUCAUCGACUUUGGGUGCGGCAUGAUCCUCCAGGACACGUUCUACACCUGGAUGUCAGGAACACCGGAGUACAGCCCACUGAAGUGGAUCCUCUUUGACUCCUACCAUGGCCAGCCAGCCACCAUCUGGUCCCUGGGCAUCCUGCUCUAUGAGCUGGUCUGCGGGCACCUUCCAUUCCACAGAAACGAGGACAUUGUCCAGGACCAGCUCUUCUUCCUGCCACGGGUGUCUCAAGAGUGCCAGCACCUCAUCAGGUGGUGUUUAUGCAUGGACCCCACAGACAGGCCAUCACUGGAGGACCUUUUUGAACAUUCUUGGCUGCAGGAGCCAUGCCUGGCCCAGGAGACAGCAGAAAUGCAUCCCUGUGCACAAGGAGAGAGCACAGCCGAGGAGAUGCUUCUGCUGCUCCCCACGAGCUGUGGAGGGAGCGGCUCCGUGCUGCCUGUCCCACUGGAGAAUUGGUGGCAGUGCGGUGAAGGUGCCACGGACUGGGACAGGGGAAACAUCCCCCUGCAGCUCAAUGGCAUCGUGAUGUCCUCGCAAGCCGAGGCACAGCUGGUGUGUUCUUCUGGAGCACGACGUGGAGCUGGGAACACCAUCCUGGAGCUGGCCGCUGGCGGGACAGUGCCCAUUAUCUUUGGCUGCGGCCCCUGCCUGAAGGACACGCUCUGCGCCCCAAUGGAAUCAAGAUGA